AAACGAACUCCUCGCGCUCCACCAUCCCAACCCCAACCGUCACUCGAUCACCAUUUUUCUCCUUCCCGGAAAAAAAAUAAAAAUCUAGGGUUAGAGUUUCUGAAAUUCCCAAAAGAAAGAGAGAUGAAUCUAGAGUUAGCGUUUCAGAAAAUCAACAGCUACAAACCCCAUUUGCUACUGACGCUAUGCGAAUUCUCUCUAUCAAUCUUCAUGAUUCUGCUCGAAUCCCUUAUCUCCAGAGGAAUCAGCAGUCUCGUGAUAGUCGUCUACGAACACGUCGUCGCCACCGUCUUGUUAUCUGCACUUGCAUUCUUCUUCGAGAAAAAGAGGCGGCCUCCGCUCACGUUUGAGAUACUCUCUCACGCGUUCUUCCUUGGAUUGCUCCAGAUAACGCUAUGUCAGAUGUUAUUGACUCUGAGCCUGCGGUACAUAAGUGCGACAUUCCAGAGCGUCGGAUUGAACACACUGACGGCUCUGAUCUUCGUAGUGGCGGUGGUUUUCCGGCAGGAGGAAUUCCGGUUUUGGAGUGUCCAUGGUCAGGCCAAGAUGUGGGGCGUGGUGGUAUCCACCGCAGGUGCGACGCAAAUGGUCCUCUGGAAGGGACCUGUCCUACUCGGCCGGUCUGCUUUCGGCGGUUUUCAGGCGACCGGAGAUGAGACUUUAGGCAGUAUUCUGCUCGUCGUGGCCUUACUCUCCGCUGCAUCCUGGAAUCUUCUAGUGAGGCAAGUGACGAGGAAGUAUCCAGCGCCACUUUCCUUGACGGCGAUGAUGAACUUCUUCGGGACCAUCCAAUCAGCCGUUGUAACGGCGUUUAUCGUGCCGAGGGCAUCUUGGGAAUUACGCUGGGAAGGAGGCCUCGUGCUCUUUGGCAUCCUCUACGGGGGGAUCGUUGUAACGGGCCUCUUGUAUUAUGUUCAAAUAUGGUGUAUCGACAAGAAGGGCCCAGUUUUCGCAGCCGCAUUCUCUCCGCUUCUCAUCAUCUUCUCCUUUCUUCUAGACACUGUCGUCCUUCGGGAUUCGGCACACCUUGGGAGCAUAAUUGGAGCAGUGUUGGUAGUUAACUAA